AUGGGAAGUGAAAUCAAAAUUCCCUACAUCGAGACGCCGCUGGUCAAGUCGGCCAACUUGUCCCGCGCCGCCGGUUGCAAUGUCUACCUGAAGCUAGAAAACCUGCAGCCUUCCGGCUCGUUCAAGUCGCGCGGCAUCGGGCACUUCAUGGUCGAGCAGCUCAAGGCCCUCCGCGCGGCCCCCGGCGCGUCGUCCGCGGCCACGGCGCACUUUUACUCGUCGUCGGGCGGCAACGCGGGGCUGGCGUGCGUGCACGCCGCCCUCACGCUCGGCUGCGCGGCGACGGUCGUGGUGCCGCUCUCGACGACGGCGUUUAUGAUUGACAAGCUGCGGGCGGCCGGCGCCACCGACGUGGUGCAGGUCGGCGCGUCCUGGCAAGAGGCCGACGACCACCUGACGGGGACGCUGGUGCCGGCGGCGCGCGCCGGCGGCGAGGCGCCCGUGUACGUGCCGCCGUUUGACGCGCAGGCCAUCUGGGACGGCAACGCGGGCAUCACGCGCGAGGUGCUGCGGCAGGUCGCCGCGACGGUGCGCCACUACCCGGUCACGGCGGCCGCCGCCGACGGGCUGCCCGCCGUCGACACGACGCCCAACGUUGACGCUAUUGUAUGCAGCGUCGGCGGCGGCGGGCUCUUUUCUGGCAUCAUGCAGGGCGUCGAGGAGUUUGGCCUGCAGCACCGCACCCGCGUCGUCGCCGUCGAGACCCACGGCGCCGACUCGCUGCACCAGGCCGUCCAGAAGAUGGAGCCCGUCACCCUGCCGGCCAUUACGAGCCUCGCCACCAGUCUCGGCGCCCGUCGCGUGUGCAGGCAGGCGUUCGAGUACGGCCUCCGCGACAACGUGUCGACCGCGGUGCUGACCGACGCCGACGCCAUCCGCGCGUGCCGCCGGUUCGCCGACGAGGAGCACUUUGUGGUCGAGCUGGCGUGCGGGGUGUGCUCGGCCCUGAUCUACAAUGGCCAGAUCAAGGAACACAUUCCCGGGUUCAACGAGAACUCGACCGUGGUGAUUGUGGUGUGCGGCGGCAGCAAUAUGUCGUAUGACAUUAUGGACAAGUACAUGGCUGGACUGGAAUAG